CAAAACCAGUAGCUACGAUCUUGGUAAAUAACUAGUGGACAGUUUAAACUAGUUUGUCGAAUAGUUGUGCUUGUACAGUGAUUUGUAAAGUACAAUUGGUGUAUUUAUGUUCGUUACUUUAUCAGCUGCUAAAUUUUUAAGUUUUUCACAAUGUCAAACUUUGAAGGUAGUUCCCACGAAAAACUAGAGCAGGUUUUAAAGUUGUUCCUACAGCCAAAAUUCAAUGUUGUGUCUACUACAUACUUGGAUCUGUUAUUAACUCACAUCAAAGAUGCAGUUAAAAAUGGUGACAAAAAAAUUUUCCAAAUCAUUCAAGAUUGGUUAACUACUGUAUUGCACACAUGGAAUUCAAACUGCCAGCCAAGUCAAAAUUUGAUAGUUUUUACCAUCAAAUUGAUUGGUACCAUAUCUGUGGAAGAAUUAGAUUUUUUGCGUUUGAGCCAAGAUGGUUUACACACUAGGAUGUGCGAAAUAUUUGGAUAUGAAACCGAAAAUUCUUCUGCAUCUAUUAAAAUGGCUUUUUCAAUUAUGCUUGUUAAUUUACUUGAACACCAAAGUGGACGGUUGUGGAUAGCAAAUACAGGAGCUUGGAAACAAAUCUUGGUAUAUGCCCAACAAAAUCACACGAUGUACGUGACAAGAGAGUGCCAUAAAUUUUUGUCCAGAUUACUUAUUUUGGAAAACAAAAAUGAAGACUUUUGCCGAGAAAUGAUCCUAGCAAUAUCAGAACCACUUAUGAAAGUGACAAUCGACUCACAAACAACAAACAAACUAUCAGAUCAAUUGCUAUUCAAUACGAAUAAGCAACUUCACAAUGAACAAAUGAACCUUUUACAAGCAACAAUAGAGCUGUUGCUGCAAAUUAUAGAUUACACAACAUUCUACGAUUUUACAAACCCAAUUCCUGCAAUGUUUGAGAAGCUUGUGUCUAUGGAGAGUCGUGUGAAAACUGUAUUUGAAACGACCAUCAGUACUCCGAUGGUUAAAGUGGUGCACAAGCUCGUCAAACUACUUAUUUUUGUAAAACUGAGAUCCUCGGUUAAGGAGACGGAUGAAGUUAUCCCUGACAAGAUUUAUGAACAAUUCACAUUUGGGCUGUAUUAUCAUGCUAUGAUGUUGUUAUCCAAAAACUAUAUAACAGAUUUUGUGCUAUCCAAGAAAUUAGGGUACGAAUUUUGGAAGAGAUUAAUAAAAACUAAACCCUUGAAAAUACCAAAGACUUACAGGUUUGAAGAUCAAAAUGUAGCUUUGAUGAUCUUGCCGUUAACUGCGACGUUCAAGCCUGAAUAUAUGAAAAAGCACUAUCUUUUUGAAGAAUUUAUCAACAAAAUGUUUGAUAUCACGAGCACACCUGUACAGAGACUUGCUUAUGCUGUACGUGAUGUCAUAUUGAAAAACAACCUACCCAUGGAGGCCAUAUGUGUUGUGACAGUUAAUUAUUUGUUAGAAAUGGCUGACAUAAUGGACAGGGAAGCAGCUGUGAUGGUGUUUCAAGUUUUGUGUCAUUCCUUAAAGAAUUUUGUGAUGGACAGCUCGCAAAAUAACAAAUCGUGCUUUCCAACAGAUAAUUCGACAGUUGAUGGUACAGUCACAAACAACAGUGUACCAAGCAGUGUGUUUAAGAAGCAAAUAAGAAAUUCGUUCCUUGACGGUGACCCGAUCAACGAUAAGAAGACGUUGCUGGCAGCUUUGCUCAACGGUUUAAAUACAUUUACCGAAAAGUACAAGCUGAAAUGGCAGGAAUGCGUCGAAACCAUCUGUAUGCUGUCCAUCGCUCAAGAUAUACUGAACCACACAGGUGUUGAUUCCAAGAUUUGUAUAUUGGCUUUGAAAACGUGUAAGCUGUCGAUACAAAACUUCAUGCCGCCAAAUCUUGCAUUGCUCGUCGAUUUCGACGAGUACACGAAACAAAUCGGCCCUACUCUGUUCAAAAGAAUACACGACACAAACUGGGAAGUACAAGACAGCGUACUCGAAAUACUAAACACCAUCGCUUGUCUUUCUGAAUUCAAGUAUCCACCUUAUCAGUCAUUUCUGUUGGAAAAUCAUUUCUUACAAGUUGCCAUUGACAUUGUCAAAAGAGGAGGCGAAAGCUACGUAAGAGCCUCAGCUUUGACCUUUAUUUCUACUGCAGUGCGAAUAAAUACGCUUUGGGAGAAGCUCUUGAGUCAAUUGAAUUUACUGGAUAUCGCCAUAAAAAUCCUACACACGGAAAGCGAAGCUAUCGUCAGACGAGAAGCUGUAGCUUUGAUAAAAGCGCUGUAUAUUCAUAGAAAAUGGCAGAAACCAAUGAUUGACACGAUGAGCAAUGCAAUGACUGUAGCGGCAGUUCACGAUCUCCACUGGGAGGUGAAAGUUAACGCGCUGGAUUAUUGGAGACAUUUCAUCACGUCCCAUUUAACCGACCAGGGUAUGUUGGAUGGUCACUUUCCCGCUUGUACAUUUUCCAAACAGCACAGAAAGAUCGUCACGCUGGAUGCGACAGAAAUUAAGCAACGACUGAACAAAGCUCUCGAUGAAUUGUCUCAACAAAACUGCCUUGGAGUCUUGCUGGUUACGUUAAAGGACGAAAGCGACUUAGAGGUGUCCAGGACCUCGGCCAACAUAAUUGGCAACCUUCGCAAUAUUUUGCUUAAAUACAUGAUCGACGAACCAGAGCAAAAAUCUACUCCUCUCAAAGACAUACCAACUAUCGACAGCAGUUAUAAAGUGUGUCCCCAAAAUACUGCUCAAUCCAGUCCAUCCGUGGAAAACGUUAACGAUGCCGUUAUCGAAGCUAUAGUCGACGCGAGCGAUGCAAAUCUGUUGGCUGCUAUAUACAAUGAGACAAUGAAAAUGGACGAAAGCAUUGAAAAUUCAGAGACAAUCAACGGAAAGGAGACACUUGAGUAUAUAAAAAGCAUCACGCGUCCUGAAUUUCUGAACGCGAUUCUCAAGUUCAAUCUUGAUGAGUACAUCAAAGAGCGCAGCGAGUGGCUGCAGAACUACACCGUGAGCUUUAACUCGGUGCUGGAUGAUAUUCUAGUCAUCAGCAAUCAGAAGGAAAUAAACACAAUGGACUGUUAUUGAAGAUUUUUUUUUUUUAUUCAUCAUGCCACAGAAUGCUAUAUUUUUUUAUUUUUAUCUCUUCAGACUUGGCUGUUAAGUACGGGAAAUCUUUCUUCUGCGCCUUGGCUUGCUUUGGUUGUUGUUUAAAGUAAUAGAAUGGGUGUACAAAUAAAAGGUGUUGAACAUGGGAUUUUUUAUUAUACAAGAAAAAUCUUGUAUAUUUUUAUUAAAGAGAUCAUAAAUUGACAAGUUUUAGAAAAAUAUUUAAAGUUUAAUGUAUUCGUAAGAACAAAGUGCCUUAAUAAUGUAUAUUUAUUUAAAUGUUAGCCGAACGCUCGAUCUUAUUGAUAAAUUGGAAAUAAUUUACCUUUUGUAAAUUUCAUUAUGGGUAGUCAAGAAAAAAAUAAUUAUAAAAAUGCGAUUUUGAUAUUCGUGACAGAUUGUGGUUUUGUAAGAAAAUUUUAUAAUAAAAUCAUCCUUACAGAUAACUUUUUAUUCAAUAGUGACUUUAUACAAUUAAAAUUUCAUACCAUUUUGUAGUACUAAUUAUUUUUUGACUAUUAAUAAGAGAAAAAAAAUACAAUGAUAGUUUAUCGAAAUAUACACACGUGUUAAUGAAUUUCAAAAGGAAAUCUCAAGUGUAGGAUUCGUCACAAAAUUGUUUUGAAAAAACAAACUGGUAAUCAGACCUUCAUAAUCAUAUACAAAUCAAAGUAACCAUCUAAAAAUGUAAUUCAAUGCAACACCUUAUUAUCGAAUAUUGAUCCAUUUAAUCCUAAAGAUCUGAUAAAUUUGAGUAAUACCAAUAGAAUUUUCUUUUAAAAUACAAUUACAAAUCCCGUAUA